CCAAUUUUGACAGUUAGUUGAAUGAGUCCUCGCUACGCUAGCGUUUACGUUGUGGUAAUAAAAUAUAACAGGAAAUAAUUGUUUUAAUUCAUAACUUUAGUGUUUUUAUUUAUCAAAAGCAAGAUGGUAGCGCGGGUGGCUGGUGUUUUUGACGAAAAGUUGACGGAAGCCAUCGCUAAUUCUAAGAUAUUGGUGGUGGGCGCCGGCGGUAUAGGUUGUGAGAUACUGAAGAAUCUCGUGCUAACCGGCUUCCCAAACAUUGAGAUUAUCGACCUUGAUACUAUCGACGUAAGCAAUUUGAAUCGUCAGUUUCUUUUCCACAAAGAACAUGUUGGAAAGUCGAAGGCGCAGGUGGCGAAGGAUAGUGCGCUCAGUUUUAACCCUAACGUGAACAUUGUUGCCCAUCACGACAGUGUUAUCAGCAAUGACUACGGAGUGAGCUAUUUUAAGCAGUUCCAGAUUGUGAUGAAUGCUCUGGACAACCGUGUCGCACGUAACCAUGUCAACAGGAUGUGUCUCGCAGCUAAUGUCCCUCUAAUUGAAACUGGAACUGCUGGUUAUGCUGGACAGGUGGAACUCAUAAAGAAAGGCCUGACUCAGUGCUAUGAAUGUCAGCCAAAGGCCCCACAAAAGACAUUCCCAGGUUGCACAAUUAGAAAUACACCAUCAGAACCAAUCCACUGCAUUGUAUGGGCAAAGCACCUCUUUAACCAACUAUUUGGUGAAGAGGAUCCCGACCAGGAUGUAAGCCCUGACACCGCAGACCCUGAAGCAGCUGGAGAGGCUGGCGCAUCAGCAUUAACAACAGAAGGAAACACCGCAGGGAACGUAGAAAGGAAGAGUACUAGAACAUGGGCUGCAGAGACCAACUAUGAGCCCGAAAAGUUAUUCUCUAAACUCUUUGGUGAUGAUAUCCGGUAUUUGCUGUCAAUGGAGAAUCUCUGGAAGAAGCGCAGGCCUCCCACUCCUCUUGUGUGGGACAAUCUGCCUGGUAAAGACAACCCGCCUGCUCAACAUUCAGGAUUGCCUGAUCAAAGAGUUUGGUCAGUGCAUGAAUGUGCACAGGUGUUUGCAGCCAGCUGUGAUGCCCUACAGAAGGACCUGAAGAGUCGUCCGGAGGGAGACCACUUGGUGUGGGACAAAGAUGAGAAGAGUGCCAUGGACUUUGUCACAGCUUGUGCUAAUAUUCGUGCUCACAUCUUCAAUAUACCACUCAAGUCUAGGUUUGAGAUCAAAUCAAUGGCCGGCAACAUAAUCCCCGCCAUAGCGACAGCCAACGCAAUAGUGGCGGGGCUAGCAGUGCUGCGUGCACAGGCCGUGCUGAGGGGAGACAUUCAAACCUGCACCAGUGUGUACCUGCGACCCAAAGUCAACCACCGCGGACAACUGUUUGUACCAGAGAAGACGUUGACUCCACCAAACCCAAAAUGUUACGUGUGCGCACCUAAACCAGAAGUCGGUCUGGCUUGCAACUUGAAGCAGCUCACGCUGAAGGAUCUCACAUCUGCUUUCAAAGAGGGUCUCAACAUGCAAGCUCCUGACGCAACAGUUGAGGGCAAAGGUUUAGUAGUACUGUCCUCAGAGCCAGGAGAAACUGACCACAACAAUGACAAGACACUCGAAGAAAUCGGCUUAAACGACGGCUGUGCGUUGCUAGUCGAUGACUUCUUACAAAACUACGAAGUGAGGGUCAGACUACAACAGGAAGACGAGGAGAAGUCCUGGCGACUCGUCACUGACACUGACGCACCAAUGCCAGCUCCUAAAGAAGAAGAAAAGCCGGCCAACGGCUCUAAUGGCAGUGACCCGAAACCUGGACCCUCCACCUCGCGGACCCGGGAAGACAGCGACAGUGACAUGGAGAUCAUCGAGGAAGACGACGACGAGCCCACAGUUAAACCCCCAAAGCGCAGGCGCACGGAAAUGAGUGAUGAAAUCGUAAACCUUUGUUAACAUAGAAUUUUUAAAUUUUCCAUAGAACACUUUCGACUAUUAUAAGUCUGUCGCAAAACUGUUUUCUACUAUUUAAUAAGUAAGUGUUUAAAUACAUUUUUAUAAAAAUAUAAAGGCGUUUUGCCUGUUUUAGCAAUACAUAAUAUGUUGAGACAAAUUAAAAUAUUAUAAUGGGUCCUUUAAUCGAAUGUUUAAGACAUUUUGCAAAUAGUAUUAAAAUUCGAGAACUAUAUAAUAAUUUAAGAACAAUUUCUUAGUAAUAUAAGAGUUAUAUAACUUUUGUAGUAGGUACUCUUGUCUCAUUAAUAAAUUAAUUUAGAUAAGAACCUGGACUUUUGACCUGUUAAAACUUCCAAGUAAUUAACUGAACCUUUGAUUUUAUCAUGUAAUUUGUGGAGCAAUGAACUCUAAACUACAAGAUUAAUCUAAAAGUAGUUUUGAAGGCUAAUGUACGGUUUCGCGGCUCUAUCAUUAUCUUUAGUAAACACCAUACUGCGCCAGUGUGAUGUCAUGCCUCCUCCUUCCCCUUGUUUUCACUAGUGACCACCGACAUCAAGAGUGAUUUCCCCUCAUUUCACAUGCUGGUUGGUCCGUUAAUUGCGAUGCGGUCGACUCAUUCCCACGGCCUACGAUCAUAAUAGCGGCCACUGGCCAUUGUAAUUUGUAAACAAUUCUUUUUUAAUUCGUUUGAAAAGUAAAAGAAAGAAAUACCUAGAAUAGUAAGAAUUUCUCACAUUCUUGAGAAAUUCAAGGAUUCAGUCAGCAUUCAGCAAGAAUACUUUACUUUCAUAUUCAGUUACGCACGACACGGAGCCUGCUUUUUGCAUCUAUGUCCACCAAAAGAAAUACUAAGACGAUGCAUAUUAUUAUUGUUGAUUUAUAGACCUUUGACCCUUCAUGUACCGAAACCUUUGAAACGUGGGCUAAUGUCGGCAAUUUUAGUUACUGAGCACUUCCCAAUCCUAUUAGUCAUAAGGGUGAGAAAGUACGGACGUGCGCGUCAUUAAUUAAACGUUAUUAACGCCCACAAUAGGACAAACAAUACGUCGGUAUGUUGGUGGUCCAUUGUUGAAUGGACAUAAACGUGUAGAUAUGAUACAUACCUACAACACCUUAGGUAACAUAUUUUCUCACCAGCAACGAUGCAAAGAUGGCAUUAAAAAAUGCCAGCUACGUAAAGUAUUCGCUUUGAAGUUCAAGAGGCGAUACUUCAGUCUCGAAUGUAGAAUACCUAACUGUUUAGUCAUAAAGAUAACAUAAAUUUUAACAUAAGCCAUAAUUAAAAUUCAUCUGAGCACCGUAACAAAUUGCAAUUAGUUACAGUCAAUUAACAAAGCACGGUGUUUUCCUCAGAAGAUUGUAACUUGCUACAACAGUUCAGCGAGCGUUAAAAUUAUGGUCGGUAUCUCGACGUAUCAACUGCGCACAAUCUGAAAGAAUCUGUUGCGUUUUAGUCUUUAUUAUCAUUCGAAGUUAAUUUUGGAAACAACAUCAAUGUUCGAUUCAGCACAUUCGAUCGCCCCAC